UGGGCGUCCGAGCUUCGUGUGCGCCCAGGGGAUCGUUGCGAGUUCCGCUUCUGCCUGAACUGCUUUCCUGGAUCCCAGAAUGUGGCCUCACUGAGAGCCCUCUGCCUGUGGACGAGGGAGCGGGUCUUCGGCGCGAACUCUUGGGUAGGAAGUUGGUCUUCACUUCGGCAACAUGACCAGCCCAGAGGGCACGCAAAACAAGGAAAUCGACUGUCUGAGUCCAGAAGCGCAAAGACUGGCGGAGGCCAGGCUUGCAGCAAAGCGUGCAGCCCGCGCUGAGGCUCGAGAGAUCCGGAUGAAGGAGCUGGAACGGCAGCAGAAAGAGGAAGACAGCGAGCGAUACUCUCGUAGAUUCCGGAGAAACACCUCGGCUUCCGACGAAGACGAGCGCUUGUCCGUGGGUAGUCGCGGCAGCCUAAGGGUAGAAGAAAGACCAGAUAAAGACUUUGGUGAGAAGGGCUCCCGUAACAUGCCCAGCCUGUCUGCAGCCACACUGGCAUCUCUGGGCGGGACUUCCUCCCGGAGAGGGAGUGGAGAUACCUCCAUCUCCAUGGACACCGAAGCAUCCAUCAGGGAAAUCAAGGACUCGCUGGCUGAAGUCGAGGAGAAGUACAAGAAGGCUAUGGUCUCCAACGCCCAGCUAGACAAUGAGAAGACCAACUUCAUGUACCAGGUAGACACACUGAAGGACAUGCUGCUGGAACUGGAAGAGCAGCUGGCCGAGUCUCAGCGGCAGUACGAGGAGAAGAACAAGGAGUUCGAGAGGGAGAAGCAUGCCCACAGCAUCCUGCAGUUCCAGUUUGCCGAAGUGAAAGAGGCCCUGAGGCAAAGGGAAGAAAUGCUGGAGAAACAUGGAAUAAUCCUAAAUUCAGAAAUAGCCACCAACGGAGAAACUUCAGACACAGUAAAUGACAUUGGGUAUCAAGCCCCCACGAAGAUUACAAAAGAAGAACUGAAUGCCCUCAAGUCGGCUGGGGAGGGGGCACUAGGAAAAGCCAAAGAAGUGGAGGUGAAAAAGGAAAUUGUGGAGAAAGUGGGGCAAAGAGAAACCUUACAGAAUUCUGAGCAAGAACAGCCCAAACCCAACACAGGAAAGGAUUGUGUGGACAGAGGGGUGUCACAUCCUGGUGAGAAGGCUGAGGACCAGAGACCCGCUGAAGACGGUGCCCUGUCCCCGGGACCACUAGCAGGGGCCAAAUGUGAGCAACAGGUUCAGAGCCAAGAUCAAGAGAACACUUCUGUCCUCAAAAACCCAGAGCAGAGCGAGUCACACAAGGUCACAAACAAGUCAGAUGGCAGGGCCAGCAACUCCCCUGAGCAGUCCAGCUGCCUGGGGUGUGUAGGCAGUGAGGUGUCAGGGCCCACUGAGGAGCUGAAAACAGAUUUGGGAAAAGGUAGCUAUGAACCAUGUCCAGACUACGUUUUGGGGCAAACACCUGAAACUGACAAGGUGAGCUGUACAGACUCAGGGGGCACAGGUGGAACCCACACAGAGGAUGUGGUACAGGCAGGGGAUGGUGCAGUUAAGGACCAAGUAGGGACAAUGGCCACUGGACCUGAGGAGCAAAGCAAAGCCACAGAGAACCACAAUGAAAGAUGUCUGAACGGUGGGCUGGGGCAGAGCUCAGAGAGAGAACUCACCCAAAAAGUAGCUGAGCCUGAGGAAGCCCUCAUUCAGAGACCACAGGCAGGUGGAGAAAACACUGUUACCGAGGCCGAAGAUGCAGGAGUAAGGGAUGAGAAGCCCAUCCAGGCAGAAGUCCAGGCAACCUCUGGAGCUCCCAUAGUUCAGGGCGGCCAUCAGGACACAACAGGACCAAGUAGCCCAGAUGCCAAGCACACACCACUUCAUGCAAAAGAGCACAACAAACAAGCAAAGGGUGAGCAGCAGGCAGAGGCCUUGGAUUCACCCCAGAAGAAGACUAAGAACAAGAAGAAGAAGAACAAGAAGAAGAAAACUGCAGCUCCCGUGGAAACCUGCAGAGAUGCUAAUGAAGAAUUAAACUGUCAGGACCCAGAUGUGGGUGACGUGGAGGAGGAAGAGCGGGUCCAGGUCACCAACAAGAAGCAGGUGGCAGAAAACCCAGAACAGAACAUCGAAGCAGGAAGCAGAGAACCUGAAGAUCCUCAAAGUGGAUCAAGCGGAAAACAGAACAAUGCAGAAGGUCCCACAGACAUCUUGGAUCAGAACAGUCCCCAGUGUGAAGAUGGAGACAUCUCCCCAGUGGGAAAGGAAGGUUCCCAGAGGGCUGCCUCUCAUAUAGGUAGUGAAGAGGGACAUGAGCCCUCCCAACAUGCUGGUCAGACAGUUGAGAAGGCUAUUGAUGGCCACGGCCUAGACAACAGUGACCUGUCAGGGCAGCUCGGGGGCUUCAAUUCAGAAAGUGGAGAGCAGGCAAGAGAGGAGGUGGGAAACAGCAAGAAUAAGGAGGAUUGCACCAUGUCAUGAGGAGGCAGAGGCAGGAGGCAGGGCGCGAGAGUGAGUUUCAGAGCUGGUUAAGGACUUAGCCAGUAAGCUCCAUCCUUCAGCCAUCAACUAUGUCAGAAACUCCAUCCUUCCGCUCCACAGCCAGGGUUCAUGAAUGUUCCGGUUUCUUCAUGUGUCAAUCACCAAGUAUCAACUACUCUAAGUUACAGACUGUUACCUGCAGAUUUGUAUUUAACCACUGAUCACCUAGCCAGUACUGUUUUUACUUUCAGUUCUAGCUGAGAACAUUCCAUCAGCAUCAGGGAACAUGAGGUGUGCAUUCCAGCCUGAAGGUCACAAUGUACCGUUUGCUUCAGGCUAGGAUGACUGUGGAUGUUCUUGACCAAAUGUAUCAAUAUCUGGUUGACAUGACCAAAAGGCAUUCAUAGAUUUCUGCAUUGUAAGCAGCAAAUAUGCAAAUAUGUAUUAUUCAAAUAGAUUUAUUUUAUUAUUUGAUCUUAAUAUGUACACUGUAGCCUGUUUGGUAUUAUAUUUAAAGGAGUAGAUGGAUAAGUAGCAUAUAGGUCAGUGGAUGAGAGGAGCUACACCUGGGGUGGAGACUAAUCACUGUAGAGAUUCAGAGAUGUAUCAGAAAAUACAGGGAAACCACGUGCCUUUACCUCACAUAAAUACUUUAUUUUGCACCAAUGCUCUUGGAUCUUGUUGCCAAUGGUACCCAAGUUAAUUUUUAUCAAAGAUCUUUAUUUUCACUUUAUGGAAGUGAUGUAAUAAAUUCAUUUUAUAUUGAAUAUUUUAUUUUUACUCUUCUCUGCUAAUGACACGUUGAAAUUAUAUUUCCUACUUUAGUAUUGAGGAGAAACAGUUGUUACUUUUUUUUUAAUUUUAAAGUUAUCUUUCUUCCUGAAUUUCUACUUAAAAAUUUAAAAAGUCUGUUCUUAUGCAAAAGGACUCAUUAGAUUAUAAUCCAAUAUUUUGUGUUUGAGAUAAAUAUUUUUAUUGGUUGUCUCUUGAUAUUUUCUUAUUGGAAAGUUAUUAUUCUAUCUACCUGAAGGAAGUAUGUAUUUUCUAAAGAAGCAUUUAGAAAAUGACUGUAGAGUUGAAUUUAAAAGUAUUAGUAAAUAUACAAUCACAAAAGGAUGCACUGUAUGACUGCUGUUGACGUGUCAUGGAAUCAUGUGAAUUCAUAUUACUGUUACAAGGUACCGUGGAAUGCUAAAUGACCAAAAACCUCAGUAAAAUUUGAGGCAGAUUGAAGAGUCAUAUAAUUGAAAUAAAAGAAUUUUAUAAUUUUACAA